AUGCAGGUUGCUAGGAAAGCUGGUUUCCCAGUUCGGCGUGUGAUCGGUUAUGGAGAACACCCGGAUGCACCACAUGCGCCUGUUUCGAUCCUACUGACUCGUGUGCCCGGCGAAGAACUGGGCCAAGUAUACGAAACACUCGGCCAGGAUAAGCAGUCUAUCUUGAGGGACCUUCGGGGCUACUUUGACAGAAUACGAUCUGCUCUUUUGUGGGUACUACAAUCAGGAUUUGUCCGCAUUCCCAACUACUUCGCCGGCCCCUUUGAGUCGGAGCAAGAGUUCAACGAAUAUCUGUUAGGGCCUUCUUGGUCUGGUGGCUUUCGAUCGAAACAGGCAUAUCAUGAUACACUCAUGCGUAUGCGUGCUAAACGUAUAGAGAAACUAUCUCGUCGCAUUGUUUUCACCCAUGGUGAUCCUCGAGCCGGCGAACCGAGGAAGGCGUUUGUCCUGAGCCUGGAGAAACGAUUCAAAAUAUGCGUAGUGUUUGCAGCUCAGAGCAAGGCAUAUCUGGUCCGGCACUGGCAGAUCUCCCUGCAGGAUGCCUAA